GACAAGAAAAUCUAACAAAAUAUAAAUUCUAUGUUGUUUCAAUAUAUUUUGGAAUAAAUUUCCAAGGGAUCCUUUUUCAUUUUAUUGUUGGAAGAUGAUUCCAAGCAAUUUUAAGUUUUAUUUUCGUGUGUUUUGUUUAUCUGCAAGCACAUGUGAAUCGUAUUCCUUACUGUCACUUUAUAGUCUACUUCCCACUUUUCAGAUUUGACAUGCUCAUGCAUAUUCGGUUUGGGAAUAUGUUCUUAAACCUGGACCUAGAGUGAGAACUAAUAAUCAAAGGGGUCGUGGUGUGAUGGACAAAGAAAAAUAAUCCCAGGAUAAGUUUUUAGUACCCCUUAAUUCUUUGUUUGGUUAUGAAGUGGGAGAUAACUCAUCCCAGGAUUAAUAAUUAUGACUAAGAUAAGUUAUCCCUACUUGUGGGUGGAAUACUAAUCUCAGGAUAACCUAUCCGGGAUAAAAAUGUAAAAUAACAAAAACUCCCCCCCCCCCCCCAAAUAUACACCCUCAUUUAUACAUCACUUUUACAUGCAACCUUCGCUACUUGUUAUUUUUAUGAUUAUUUUUUUAAUUAAAAAAUUACACUAUAAAUAUAAUUUUUACUAUGUAUGAGUGAUAUGUGCUUAAAUGAAGUGACAUCAACAAUUAAAUCUUUUUUACUUUAACAAACUUAAGAUGAAAGUUUUAUUUUUAAGCUAAAUAAGAUGGAUGUUUUAUGUUAAAGAACACAUGGCAUAAUUAUGAGAUGCACACACAAAAAAUAUUUAAGAUAAAUACGAUGAAUUUUUUUUGUUUAAGAGUGAUUAAGUAAAGCUUGCAAAGAAAGUAUAAAAAAGUAAAUAAAAAUGGAGGGCGUUUUUGUAACAAAUAGGUUAUUCUUAGAAAUUAUGCCAUGUAUAUAAUUUGAAUAUGACAAACCAAACAGCCAAUAAAAAAUAAUCUCAGCAUAACUUUACCCAUCAUAACUAAUCCCAACAUAAUUUGUCUUUAAACCAAACCACCCCUUUGGGUCACUGGUCAAUAAUUAUGUUGAGAAAAAUAUUUGACUUCAAUACUUGCAUAUGUAAAUCAACUAACAGAUACUAAUACAAAUUUGAGUAAUGAGAAGAUGUCUCACCCACAACUUAUGAUCCUUCAUCAUGUAGUAUAACAAGAGAUUGGAGCUCAUUAUGAAGGUAUGCAUGAGAGAUCUGGCACAAAGAAGAAAUAUCUGGUUGAAACGGGGUUGUCAAUCAGAAAACAAAUAAAACCAAGAUUAGGGUCUACAUAUUUUACAAAUUGUGGUUUCUUAACUACCUUCUAUAAGAAAUUGUAAACCUGACCAUUUUUGUUAGAAUAUGAAUAGGAACAUGAAUAGUAUAUAGAAUCCGACUUUGAUAAAAUUGUAAUAUAGUAUCUAUUAAUAGGAUCUGAGUGUAAUGAUAUAGAGAUGCAAUUCAAUAAUAUUUUUCUCCUAUAUAUCUCACACGGUUUUGAGAAUAAAAAAGCUUUCGCUGCCGGUGGGCAGCUAUAACCCAUACAUGUUGCCCGUCUAGCCAAUGAUUAUGAUAGCAAAAGUUGGGUCAAUCUAUAUGCAGGAAGAAAAAUCAUGCUGAGAAGGACUAACUUGAGAAGCAUUCGAGACAAAGAAAGUAGUCACCGUGCUUCUUCUCAGUGGCUUCUUAGAUUUGAUUUGUGUAGCACCGUGCAUUUUUUCAGUGACUACUUUCUCAUAUCUAAAUUGCAUAGCAUCGUGCAUCUUUUCGGUGACUACUUUCUCAUAUCUGAUUUGUGUAGCACCAUGCAUCUUUCCGCUAACUAAUUUAUCAUAUCUGAUUUUCGCUUAGCGUUGUGCAUCUUUCUUUUAACUACUUUCUCAUAUCUGAGUGGUGUAGCACCGUAUGUCUUUGACUCUUAUGGUGACUCAUCAGAUCUAACUUGCAUAGUUCUGUGUCCUUUUGGUGACUCCUCAUAUGGUAGUUAUACUUUUCAUUAGUGUUGUGCGGAAACAAACACUAAGAGGUACAAUGUCUCCCUGCAACCAAACCAUAACCGGUGUGCAAGCCUGAUCCGGCCAGUUUUUUGGCGGCUUUCUUGUUCAAGGGUCUACUCCUUUCUUGAUUUCAAAAUGAUUUGUAUAUUUUAUACCAGAUUUCAAGCACUUUCCGGCAAUCGUUGCACUGUUUUUGGCAGAUCUGAGUUUUCCAACAGUGUUCUCUUUGUGUCAGAUUCAUUUUAUGAAUUACUUUGACAGACAACAACAGAAUUUUCUCCUCAAUGGUAAUCUUGUAAUGUAUUUCAGUUUCGUGACUGAAAUAUUUGAAAAGGAAAGAUGAAUAACAUGAAAAAUAGUGAUACUUCCUCUCCCGGGAGAUCUGAGUUUUCCAAUAGAGUGCUUCUCUUUCAGAUUCAUUUUUGCCAAAGGGUUUACUAAGAUAUCUGGGCUGAAUUAAAGUGAUACUUUUCUCUAUCGUGGUUGAAAUAACAUUUCAGACAGGUAUAGAGGUAAACUGAGACCUGUUUCUUUGGGGUUGUGACAGAUCAGCUGGUCCGAUCUGGGGUUCAGAUAAUUUAGCUGAAGAAAGUGCAGAUAGUGCUUUGCUUUGCUGCAUUCUGUAAUAUGUCUGUGAAGCUAUCUUACAGAUUACUGUUUGCUGAAGUAUUAUGCUCAAUUGUCUCAUGCCGUCUGCAUUCCAGUGAGAACCAACAUCUAUAGAUGUAAGAGCUGGUGUAUUAUGUGUGAUACCUCUACAGAUAUGACUUGAUGGACCUGGGAGUCUUCUUUUUGUCCUGGUCUACUGUAUCUUUAAUAUAGUAAUAUCUGAUUCAUUCUGAUCUAAAUAAGCGACCAGUGUCUGUACUUAACAUACAUUUGUAUGGGUUCCCUGGUAUUCAGAAUUUCAAUCAUGAACUUUGUUAAUUUCUGAGCAGAGUCGCUGGAAAUAAAAAAUCAAUUAGCAAUUUCUGAAGACUGGUAAUUCAUACUGAAAUUUAACUUCUGCUAUCUCUACAGGAUGGUAAUAAGCCAAUACAUGUUGCAGCUACAAGAGGCAAUCGGGCAGCUGUUGAAGCUUUAUUGGCCGUAACACUACAGAUUCAGAGUGUUCCUGAAUGGAGUGUGGAUGGAGUCAUUGAGUUUAUGCAAUCUGAUUAUAGGAGAAAACAGCAGGAAAGUACAGAAGCUGGGGGAAGAAAACUAUGGCGCUAUUCUAAGAUGUCUACUUACGAGGCUGGAGGAUGAAUUUAAGGGCUUGAAGCAAGAACGUGUUAUUCCAAAGAAAGAUUUGCCUGAGGUGACUCCUGAAGCAAAGAAAAAAGCUGCAGACGCAAAGGCGAAGGGAGACGAGGCAUUUAAGAGGAAUGAUUUACCUAGGGCUAUAAAUGCUUAUACACAGGGGGCUCACUUGUGUUUGCUGGUACUCUGCAUGCAAUCAAUUUUGAUCCAACUGAUGGCACUCUGUUUUCCAAUAGAAGUCUUUGUUGCCAAGGCCUGCAGAGAACUUGGACCAGAUUGGGCAAAAGGUUGUUAUCGGCAUGGUGCAGCUCUACGUCUAUUGCAGAGGUUUGAAGAGGCAGCCAAUGCUUUUUAUGAGGGCGUACAGAUCGAUCCUGAAAGUAAGGAGCUCGUAACUGCUUUCAGGGAAGCUGUUGAGGCUGGUAGAGAAUUUCGUGGCACGGAACAAGUAUAAGUUAGAAAGCACAUUAAAUUCUGUAGAAAGAACACAUUUUGAUGGAUCAUUUUGAUGUUUUGCCUGCCCUCUAGUGAUUUGUUCUGUUGCAUCUUCAGCAAUUUAUACUCACUGUUUUUGUUAAUCUCAACUUUUUCCUUCUGCGUUAAUGAUUUAUUUCAUUCUGUUA